AUGGAUACAAAAGAGAAGGUUCCUCUCGAUGAUGUCACCUACGAUAGCAAUGGCAGUCACGAUGCUGACUUCGAGGCCGAGCCACCUGCGAAUGGAGGUCUCCAACGCAACUUGAAGGGUCGUCACAUGCAGAUGAUAGCUAUCGGCGGUUCGAUUGGUGCUGGUCUCUUCGUGGGGUCCGGUCAAUCGUUUAACAAUGGUGGCCCUGGCAGUGUGCUCCUUGGUUUCAUCAUUGUCGGCGCCAUGUUGCUUUUUACCGUGCAAGCUCUGGGAGAGCUUGCCGUCCUCUACCCCGUCAACGGCGCUUUCUUCACCUACGGUUGCCGAUUCAUCGACGAAGCUUGGGGCUUCGCAAUGGGCUGGGAUUAUGCUCUAGGAUGGCUUACCGUUCUACCCUUCGAAAUCACUGCUGCUGGUAUCACAAUUUCGUUCUGGAAGGAGAUAAACAUUGGUGUCUGGAUCGCGGUUUUCCUCUUCCUCCUGUGCGUGGUUCAAUUCUUCGGUGUGCGAGGAUACGGUGAAGUCGAAUUCGUGCUCGGCGUUAUCAAAGUCGUAGCCGUCAUCGGUUUUAUCAUUUUCGCUGUCGUGGUUGAUUGCGGAGGGGUCCACACCAAAGUCAACCGCGGAUACCUCGGUGCUCACUACUGGCACGAUCCGGGAGCGUUCAAAAACGGCUUUAGAGGAUUCUGCUCCGUCUUCGUCAACGCUGCCUUUGCUUUCGGCGGUACCGAGCUUGUCGGUCUUGCUGCCGCCGAGGCCGCUGACCCGCGGAAGUCGCUCCCAACCGCUACCAAGCAAGUGUUCUGGCGCAUCUCAGGUUUCUACGUCAUCUCGCUGUUCAUGGUCGGCCUGAUCUUGCCCUCCAACGACCCAGACCUCCUCGGUUCAUCCGGUGCAAACACCAAGGCGUCCCCCUUUGUGCUUGCCAUCCAAAUGGCCGGUGUCAGCGGUCUUCCCUCCGUCUUCAACGCCGUCAUCACCAUAUCCGUCCUCAGUGUCGCAAACUCCUGUACCUUCGGCUCCACGCGUACCAUGCAAGCGCUCGCAGCGAGGGACAUGGGCCCCAAAUUCCUAAUGUACAUUGACAGCAAAGGUCGCCCUAUCUGGUGUAUCGUUAUCCAACUCCUCUUUGGUCUUCUCGCCUUCGUUAACGAAGCCAGCGCCGGCUCUACCUUCUUCGCCUGGCUCCUUGCUCUCUCCGGUCUUUCUUACUUCUUCGUCUGGGGCAGUAUCUGUCUUUCCCAUAUCCGCUUCCGCCGCGGCUGGAUGGUACAGGGACACACUUUAGACGAACUGCCAUUCCGGGCUCAAUUCGGUGUUAUUGGCAGUUACAUUGGUUUCUUCUUGAACAUCAUUGCCCUCAUCGCCACUUUCUACACAGCUCUAUUCCCCCCCGGCGCUUCUCCCACCGCCACCGCUUUCUUCCAAGAAUAUCUCGCCGCGCCCAUCGUCAUCGCGCUCUACGUUUUCUGGAAGAUCUGGUCUAAGAACAAGGGCGGAUUCUUCGUCCGGGCACACCAGAUGGAUCUGUUGACGGGUAUGCGGACGUUCGAUUUGGACCCGAUGGAGGAUGCGGCCGCUGGGCGGAGGAAGAGUAUCUUUGUACGAGCGGCGAGGAAUGUUGUUUAA